CUCCUUGCGCUGCCAUCAUGUCAUCCUUCUAUGUUUUUAUGCGAUGUGCAGUCCAGUUGAGUCCAGGCGAUUGCGUUCUUUAGUGUAGUGAGGAUAGCCGGUGAUAAAUGAGUCGACUAGAUCCGUCGAGCUCACCGGCCUAUCGUCUCAGACCAUCUCUUUUGUGUACCACAAUGGUAGGAUAACAGUUGCAGGCUAAUUGUAAGGACCGUGCGAAACAUUCCUGGACGAUUAGGCGCUGUCGCCAUUGCGAGUCGAUCUCCACCUUGAUUGAUAUUUACGAAACGCAUGUCUCCCGUGUGGCCUUUUAAAUGCAAACAACGCUUUCAGAAGACCUGUGAUAGCAGAAAGGCCGUUUAAGCCGUAGACACGCCAGCGGUGCCAAGUAGAACCAAAUAGCUGUAGUUGACCCAGUACCCGGGAUUUGGUGGAGAGUCUGCGAAGAUGUUUGACACCAGAGGGAUACCAUUCGUCUUGCUAGACAUCGUCUGCUUGGUUUUGGCCGGACUCCCAUUCGCAAUACUCACAUUACGACACAAUCCGUUCAAACGAGGAUUUUUCUGUAACGAUGAUACGAUCAAGUACCCCCUAAAAGAAGACACCAUUUCCUAUCAGUUGUUAGGCGGAGUAAUGAUUCCCGUCACAAUUAUCUCUAUGAUUGUGGGCGAGUGCCUUUCGGUGUACCUAAAGCGCAUCAAGUCCAAGUCCUCUUUCAGCAACAUGUACGUGGCCUGCGUGUACAAGGCGGUGGGCACGUUCCUGUUCGGCGCGGCCAUGAGCCAGUCUCUGACGGACAUCGCCAAGUACUCCAUUGGCCGGCUGCGGCCGCACUUCCUGGACGUCUGCAAGCCCGACUGGAGCAAGAUCAACUGCUCGGCAGGGGGAUACAUCGAGGACUUCAUCUGCAACGGGGAUAAACGCAUGACCAACGAGGGCAGACUGUCCUUCUACUCGGGCCAUUCUUCAUUCUCCAUGUACUGCAUGCUGUUCCUGGCAUUGUAUCUGCAGGCGCGUCUGCAGGCUGACUGGGCGCGGCUGCUGAGACCCACGCUGCAGUUCUUCCUGAUCGCCGCCUCUGUCUACACGGGCCUGUCGCGCGUCUCUGACUACAAGCACCACUGGAGCGACGUGCUCACCGGACUCAUCCAGGGAGCCCUCAUGGCCAUCCUUGUGGUCUUCGUCGUGUCGGACUUCUUCAAGAAGAGCGUGGAGCCGGCCAAGGAGGCGGAGAUCCCCCACACCACUCUGCAGGAGACCCCCACCAACGGAAACCAUUACGACAACCCCAGCUAAGACGCCCGCCCUGCCCUGUGCGGCCGCCUGCCAGCCUGCCUGGGGAAACGCAAAACCAACCAAAGCUUAUCUUGUUGACACCACUGAUCCUUUUGGAGGGGUACAGGAGAUCUACAUCAUGCACCCACUUUAAAGAAAGAGAAAAAAAGAGAACUCUCAAGGAAAACCAAAUGAAAAAAGAAAAAAAGUAAAGAAAUGAAGAAAAGAAUAUAUCUAAAGGGGGUGGACCACUGCUGAGGGAGAACCUGUGAAUGUAUCUGCUUGGAACUUCUCUUCCGAGUGGCGGACGCUUGACUUUUUUCCCUUACAGACGCUGUCUUUUUUUUGUUCUGUUGUCGUUUUUUUUGUUUUUGUUCCGUGUUGCCUUGGCUGGACUGCUGCUAUUGCUGCUACCACAGCUUUUUUGUUUUCGUUUUCUUUCCUCUCUUAAAAAAAACUAAUAUGAAGAGUGAACUCUCUAUAUGCAUCUUGACAACAAACAAAACACCUUUUUUAUCUGUAUGAAGAAAAAAAAAAUCACUUUGCAGUUGUUUUUUUUAAUUAAAAUUAUGUUUAAAAGUGUAUGUACAAAAAAUGUUGCGCUUUCUAUAAGAAUAUGGAAAAAAACAAAACCACAAAGCCAUUAUGCUUAUUAACACAAAUAAACAUCCAAAUCAUUUCAAUGUCAUCGUGUGAAGCAUCAUGAUCUAAAACGCAUGGAACAAUACGGUAGGAGGAACAUUGAGGAGAA